GCGGCGGCCGGACAAUUGCAGUAGUCUCGCCACGUUGCCCCCAACUGCGCAUUCACGAUGAGUGCGUCCACGACCCCGCAAACAGCCGCACCUGACGCCAUGACCUGCAGCUCUGUCGUCAUCGCAGACUUGAAAGCGUGGCUUCAAGGACACGGCGUGUCGCUCGAACACUUUGGGAUCCACUAUUACGGGCCUGAAGAAGGGCAUGGCGUUGUCGCCGCCAAAGCAUUUGUCCAAGGCGAACACACGCUGGACAUUCCGUUUCGGCUAACGAUGAAUGUCCACUCGGCGCUCGCGUCCGACCUGGCUGCCGUCUUCUCCAACGAGACCAAUCUCGCGGACAUUGAAAUCCUCGCGCUGCACCUCAUGUACGAAAAACAAAAGGGAACCGCGUCGUUCUGGGCUCCGUUCAUUCGGAGCUUGCCAGCUACGUUUGACACGCCCAUCUUCUGGACCGACGAGCCCUUUAAUGCGUUGAAAGGCACGAACGUGUCGCUGCUCGCGUCCAUGAUGAAGCAACAGAUUGUGGCCGACUACACGUCGAUCCACACGCCGAUCUUUCAAAAGUACCCGGCUUUGUUUCACCGCGCCUCCCUGACCAUGCAAGAGUACAAGUGGGCGCUGUCCGUCAUCUGGUCACGCGCAUUUGGCAUCACGAAAGGCGGCCAGUACCUCCAGGUCCUAUGUCCCGCCAUGGACAUGUUCAACCACGACGUGCUACUGAAUCGACCACUCGACGACUUUAUCGUCUUUGACGAACAGACGCAGGUGCGACGUCCCGCCCGACCGGCGCGUUGUCGAGCGAUGGAAUCGAUGUUUAGAUGCUUUGCCACCGGCUACACGUCGACUGCGUCGCCAACACGCCGCUCCACAUUUGCUACGGGCCGUACUCGAACGCAAAGCUCCUGUACUCGUACGGAUUUGUCGUUCCCGGCAACGCACGCCGCGGCAUCGACUUUUGGGUCAAUGUACCUACGAACGACCCGUACUACAAGCUCAAAAAGAUGCUGCUCGACUCGAACGACAUGACGGCCCACCAAACGUACGAUUUUGAAGGGACCUUGCUCGGGUCGACCGUGUCCGAGAGGUUACUCGCCAUGGCGCGGAUUGUGCUCAUGCAGGAGGACGAAAUACAUGCCCGAAACAACGCGUUCCACCAAGCGGUAAUCAGUCGCCGCAACGAAAUCGCCGUCUACGACAGCCUCACGAUUGCAUGCCGCCGCAAGUUGCAAGCAUUCACCACAACCCUCGAAGACGACAUCGCGACGCUCGCCGCCGGCAAUUUGUCGCAACAAAUGGCGUUUGCGCUGCAAGUGCGAAUCGAAGACAAACAGGUCCUCGAGGACACCAUCGGCACGCUGGCCAAGUGGAAGGCAUAUCUUGUUGCCCAUCCCGACGAGAACGUGUACCCGCCGCGGGAUUGCAUGGCGUGCUGACCGCUUCAACGCGACUGUCUCUCCCUUUGUCCACUGCUGUCUCCAUGGCAGGUGCCCUUUCGUUCCGGUGCACAUGCAGUAAGAUGCGCUUGGUAUGUUGGUCGAAGUCCUCUGCACGCCUUGUAAGGACCUUCUCCAUGACACGUGCACGUCUUGGGAGGUUCAAGUUGCGUCCGACAUUCGACGGUGUUGCAGUCUUUAGUGUUUGAGAAGGUGUGCUGGAUCAGCAUGACCGACCAGAA